ACCGCACAGCUGCUGCAGCGGCCGCGACGACGACAACGGCCACGCGAUCGAUUAUCACCCAGUCGCUAUUGUUGUUACGGUCCCGUACUGCCACAGUCGAUUCCCUCGUUGCACACGCGCGAACAAUUUUCACCCGCGCGCGUUUACACACACCCGACGGCGAUCCUGGACCGGGCUGCCGACGUUGGCGUUCGCCGUUUCGGCCGUUUUCGGAUUUUCCGGCUCCGGGACCGCCGAACAGGAGGAAAACCCCCGCGGCCGGUAGACCGCGAUAUUCGACCGGCCGGCCGUUGCGGUUCCGUUCGGACUGUGCGUGCGUGCGUGCUACGUUCUAACACCGUCCGGGUUCGGUUCCUAACCGCGUUCCGGCGCACCCGGAUUUAUUCGAUCAGACUUUCCCCCGGUCCGCCUAGACAUGGCCGUGGUACCCAAUCCAGAAUAUCUGCAGGUAUUAAAAAUUAUUUUUCGACUGUCGUUGUUAUGCUUGAAAAUUGCUCGUGGUUCGUUUCGCACGACCGUUGCAUUCGUCGGGGAUAAAAGUUUUUGUUUGUUUUUUUUUUUUUUUGGUCGGUCUGACGGCACCCAAAAACGUUACCCGCUCCGUUCACGGGCACUUUUAACCAGUUCCGUAAGGAUUUCGGAGCCGUUUUCCCACGACUUGCCGUUANCUCCGUUCACGGGCACUUUUAACCAGUUCCGUUAGGAUUUCGGAGCCGUUUUCCCACGACUUGCCGUUAAAACGCCUAAUGUGCUUACCGGUUUCCAAUAAAGUUGCCGUUUACAAUUUUAGGUACUGCCCGAUAAUAAUCUAGUACCUAGUUGGCUAUUGUGUUCUGAAUCUGAUCAUUUUGGUUUAUUCUUUUGCUGUACCAAAAUCAAUUAUAAAGAUUUCGGCGUUGUACCUGUUUAUUUACUCGACAAAAUAUCUGCAAUUUUGUUUAUAAUGUAAAAGUUCCCGACAUGUAAUAAUAUAUAUUCUAAACGCAAUAGAACCUGUGAUAUCUCAAUUCAUUAUACUAAUACGAAUAUUGGACGAAGAUUCAUUGACUAUUUGGGACCAACUAUUGUUAAUUCAAUGCCGUUAGACAUUUAAAAUGUAAUCAUAAAUCUGAUCACAAAAUAACUGUUGUUAAUAUUGACUUUUCAAAGAACUAUAAUAUUUAAUUCUAAUUAUUAGUACUUCUUACUUUAUUAUUUUAUAUUUACUAUUCAAUUUAAUCAACUUAAAAACGUUAUAAUUCUUUUUCUUUCUGGUCUGUAUGUAUAUGUAUAAUAUAUAACUCUCUACUUCCAACACUAGCUACGCUCAAAAAAAGGAGAUAUAACAAUUUAUAUAUAUUAUGUGAUUUUGUUUUACUUUAAUAGAAAAACAAAAAUUGUCAUUUCAAACUAUUAAACAAAGCAAUAGGAACUUGGUGGAUUUUAAUCAUUAAUAGUAAUAAAUUAUUAGGUAGGCACCUAAUUAUAUAGAUACCCAAAUAGGUGAUAAGUUUAUUAUUAUUGUUAUAAAUAAUAUUAUUGCAUUAUUUGGCUAUGCAGUUAUAUUGUAAGUGAUUUUUUUUUAAAUUUCAGACCUUACUCGAAACAUUCAAAUGUUUCAUCUGUAUGGAAAAAAUACAAGAUGCACAUUUGUGUCCGCAUUGUUCAAAAUUAUGUUGUUACUCGUGUAUGCGCCGAUGGCUCACGGAACAACGAUCUCAGUGUCCUCACUGUCGAGCCACAUUACAUCUACAUGAAAUAGUGAACUGUAGAUGGGUAGAAGAUUUAUCGGAACAACUAGAUUGUUUGAACAGUACUGUUGACGUAGGUAGUAUAAGACAGAGCUCAGAACAAAGGUAAGUAGUCGAUAUAAACUCUUCUUCUUUUUUUUUUGGUUGUUUACAAAUAGUUAUGUUUUUUUUUUUUUUUUUUAGAUGUGAAACACACGACGAACAACUCACUGUAUUCUGUAUUACAUGCAAUUCAAUCAUUUGUCAUAGGUGUGCCCUAUUUGAUAGUUCGGCCCAUAAAGGGCAUUCAUUUCGACCAGUUGACGAGAUUUACAAUGAAACUCUUUUGGAGUUAGGCGAAAAUUGUGACAAUCUCAAAACAAAAGAAAAAUUAAUUAAAAAAGACAUUAAGGAAAUUGUAUGUACUCUAAUAUCACUCAUGUAUGACACUUUUUUAAUACCUAACUGUAUACUGUCUAAAUAUUUUUUUGAUAUUUAUUAAACAAUUUAUUCUAUGCUGUUAUCUUAUUAAUUUUAAAAUAAAUUACCCCUAAGGAUGCAUUAUGAUUAUUUCCUGUAAAUUCUAAUAAAAACACUUUGGUUGCAGCCAUUUUGAAAUUAAUAUAUUUUUUUGGUUUGUUCUUAGGAUAAAAACAUUACAGAAAUUCAACUAGCUAAAGAACAAAAAGUACAUGAAAUACGCACUGCUGUGGAAUGUAUGAUGAUAGACUUAGAAAAAGAUCUCAGUAACAAACUCUCUACGUUAUUAAGUCAAAAAAAUUUGCUAAUUAACGAAUCUGAACAAAUUGAAGAAUUUUUGCAUGAUUGUGACAUAGAAGUAUCUCGUAUGCCCAUGUCUCAGUUGAUCAAUAACGCUCCUAAGUUAAAAAAAACCAUUACUGCAAUGCAAAAAAAACAAACUCCAGUCUUGAUGUCUGUACAUCCUGAUUUUCACAGGUGCAUUUCAUUUUACAUCAUUACCUAAGUUAAAAAAUAUUUUUAUUUUUAUUUUAUUUUUUUACCAGUGAAGUGAUACCUAAGUUUGAAGGUGGCACUUUGAUAAUAAAAUCAUUUUCAGACAAAAUGUUACAGUCUGAACCGAUUUACUCACAACCAAUCGGUUGUAAUGGUGUCAGUUGGAGGCUUAAAGUAUAUCCCAACGGAAAUGGUAUUGUCAGAGAUAGAUAUUUAUCGGUGUUUUUAGAAUUAACAUCUGGUCUACCCGGCAUGUCUAGGUUAGUUAAGGUUUCUUUAUUACAAUGUUGUUCAAAAAUUUAAUACGGAUAUUUUUAUUAUAAGAACUUUCUGUUAUAAAAAAAUAUAUAUAUUUAAUACUUUAACCCCUCUUUUAGAUAUGAGUAUCGUAUUGAAAUGAUAAAUCAAACAAAUAUAAAUGAUGAUGCAGCUAAAGAUGUACUUAGAGAAUUCACAUCAGAUUUUGAAAUUGGCGAAUGUUGGGGAUAUAACCGAUUUUUCAGACUUGAUUUAUUGAACCAUGAAGGAUUUUUACAACAGGAUUCGUUAAUUUUGAAGUCUGUCUAUUAAGUCUGUUUUUGUGAAAUUGUUUCAUUAAUUUUAAUUUCAUAUUUUUUCUUUUAUCAGAUUUAGUGUUCGCCCACCCACUUAUUAUCAAAAGUGUAGAGAAUUGCAAUGGUACAUAUCUAAAUUAGAACUUGAAAGAUCUGCAUGUUUACAGCAAAUUGAAGAAUUUAAACAGGUUAUUAUACAAUGUUGAUUUUAUUUUAUUUUAUUCUAUUAGAAAACGUGUUGGGUACCCAAAACCCUAGUAAGUAUGAGUAAUAAAAACAAUAUCAUAGAUACAGGUACAAAUGUUGAAUAUUAUAUAAAUAGUGCUCAGUAGUGAAAGUUAGGGUCUUCAUUGGCCAAACACAUUAUACAAUGAAAGGAGAAUGAAAUAACUAGUCAGUGGUGGAGAGAAGCAAGUAAAAGGGAGUAGAAUUUCGUAGUUGACAGGAAGGCACUUUAAAGUUGAUACCAGCUAAUAUGAUAGGAGAGUCAACAUGACCAGAUAUAAGUUUAGAAAUGAAUGAUAGAUUAACUGCUUGAUGGCCACCUGAAAUAUCAAGCAACUGACUUUUCAUUUAAAUAUCAAAAGUUAUAUAUUUUGUAAAUAAAUUUAAAAAAUAUAAUAUUUUUGUUGAAUUUAGAACAUUCCUGCCAAAGUCAAACCAAUUAUUAAAGAAGUGCCGAGUCCAAAAAAAAAGCUUAAAAUUAAAAUACAAUCGUUAUUGGAUGAAUUUGAGUGUGAAGAAGCAACUGGGUAAGAUAGAUUUAAAUUACCUAUAUAGUAAAAUUUGUUAUAUUCAGAUCCCUAAUACUUAUAAUAUGUAUCUAUCAUGCAAUCAUUGGAUUUGUGUGUAGACAUUUUAGGAAUCUAAACAGAAGCCAAGAAGUUCAAGGAGCAUCUGGUGAAACUGCUUCAAAUUUGAUACAUCCUCCACUAUCUGUUCAAGCUUUAUAUGACAAUGAAUUUCAAAAUCGUUUCCAAGGUGAAACUGCACAGUCCAUGUUCGAGAGAUUAAGUCGUCUAUUUCAAGAAUCUGAUGUAAAUAAAUUUGUUAUAUUAAUAUUUUACAAUAGAAAUGUAUUGUUUUUGUUUUAAUUUUUAGAAUACAAAUAAGCCUAGUUCAUUGCAUAUGAAUACUAUCGAUGAUCUUUCACCUGAUACUGAUGAAAAUCCAAUUCAAUCAGGUUCAUAACUAUUAUGAUUAUUCAUUUUUAUUUUUAUUUUUGAUUUUAUAUUUUAUAAUAUUUUUAGAUUUUCGACUGGAAAAUUGCUUAAGAAAUAUUGAUAAUAUUCAUUUGAAAUCGCCAAAAAAAUUAAGUAAGUAUUUAAUAAUUUUAAGAGUUUCAAUUUCUCUUAUUUAUAAAAGUUAUAUUAACUAAUAGGUAGUUUAUAUUUCGAAGCUGCUAAAAAUGCGCAUGUGGUUGAAAAAAUUCAAAAUGAAAUCACUGAAGCUAGGUAAUUUAUUAUUACUAUUUUAUAUUUUUACUGAUGGUUACUAACUUAUUAAUUAAAGCUUAAAUUAUAACUCUUAAAUUUACAUGUAUAAUAUCAAUAUAUUUUCCAUCAGAUGUCGUUUGAAAAAUUUGGAAAAAGAAAUGCAUAAUUCUCGAUCAGGUAUAAUUCUAGUUGCUAGUAUUUUUUUAUUUAUUUUUUUAAAUGCCUAUUUAAGUUCUGUAUACUUUAAAAUAUAAUAUUAUUUACAUUAAUUGCAUAAAAUCUUUUAAUUUUCACAAUAUUUUAUAUUUAUUACUGAAAAGCUUUAAGAGAACUAAACUUUUUUGAUAUAUAUAAUAUCCCCUGAGAUUAUACAAAACAUACAUAUUAGCAGUGGGGGCUUGUGUUAAAUUUGCAAUGGUGUGAUCACAUUUCCUAUGUAAAUUUAGAAAUUUAAUGAAAUUUACAAUUGUCAAUUAUACUUUUUAUAGUAAAUAGUAAUGAGUAUAGUUGGUAUUUCUUUCAAAAAAGGAUUUAGUAUUGAAUUGGAAAAUUAUAAUUUUAUUUUUAGAAAAAUAUCUUUCCAAUCUAAUAAUCUGAUUGUGAUAAGAUAAUCUAAAAAUUGAAUACUAACCGAGCAAUCAAUGCCCGUAAUAUCACAUAGUGUUGUAGAUUGUGUUUCGUGUAUAAUGAGGUAGUUCAUGACAGUUUUAAAUGGAUAUUUUAUUGUACAGUAAUAUUAAGGACGGGACAGCAGGACCAUUACUAUAAUCAAUAUAUGUGAGGUAAUUCUUUUUAUACAUUUUCAGCUACGAUUUGUAUUCAUUUUAACAGCACGAUGAGUUUGUUAUAACAUCUAUUAAUAGUUAUUGAAGUUCUAAUGUAGCGUUCUUGAUAAAAUGAAAAUUAUUUUAAAGAAUUUUCUUUGCAAAUAACUAACAAGUAUACAUUAUAACUUAUAAGUAAGACUCAAAUUAUAUAUAAAAAAAAAAAAAAAAAAAGAAAUGUACUACAAAUUAAUACAAUACCUUUUAUAAUAAAAAUAUCAGAAAAUCUAAAUAAAAGUUUAAGAAAAAUUUAUUUAAAAAAUCAAAUAACAUUUUUAUAUAUGUUUGAAAAGUAUUAGUAAUAUUUAUAUUAAAUUAUUAUGCAAAGAGUACCAACUAAAGACUGUCUUGUGUAGUCAUUUUUAUCCUCAAAUGUCACGUUUUCAUAGGAAAUAUCAGGUUUUAAAUAUCCAUUUUAUUGAAUAUUGUAAAAUAUUCAAUUAUCCAAAAAUAUACAAUUUAUAUGCAUAAUCAUUUGAAUAUGCAAACAAAAAAUUAACCAUAGAAUGAAUCUUAGCAUUACAAAAUGUUUUAAUUAAAAUCAUUCUAGAUGAAUUGUAGUAGAGUAUGCAUUUGUAUAGUAUAAAUCUGGGUCCUAAUUAUAAGUAAUAUAUUCAUUAUUUUUAAUUAGUGGUGUUGAAGUCAAUUUUACAAGUAUGGCAAAGCAUAGACUUAGUACAUAUCUACCUGUGAUAAAUAGGACAAUUGCCCCUUCAAAACAAGUUUAUUGCACCACAAUAUCAAAUUACCACAAGCCACCAUUGCAUAUUACUAAAAAUAAACUGUUAUUAUAUCAAACAGUCUGAAUGAAAUCUUUAAAAAUUAUAUAAAUCUGUAUAAUAUUUUAUUCAUAGUGAUAGUUAUUAUUGUGUAUCUACUUUUGCAGAUUUUUCUUCUGAAGUGGCUAAUAUAUCUUUUCCAACAAACCCAACAAGGUCUGAAAGUAGAACAGAUUUAAGUCGCCAUACUACAACUGACCAUGGAUUGCAUAAUCCUAUAUUACAAGUAAAUAUAACAAAUAUUCUAUCAAAUAAUAAUUCCACUUAACCUUUGUGAAUGAUUGGUAUAAUUAUUUUUACAGAACAAUGGAAAUACACUAGGUCAAGAAACAACUAAUCCAAGUAUAUCAAAUAGGUAAAUAAAAUCUAUAUUACCCAAUAAAGCAAAAUACUGACUAAAAAAAUGUUACAUUUUGUAAUGAAGGUUACUAGACAUUAAAUAUUUGAUUUUCUUAUAAUUGUGGAAUUGAUUCAAAACGGUGUUUUAUCCAAAAUUAUAUUUUUUGGUUUAAGGUUUUUAAAUAUGUCAGAUAUAUCCGAAGAUCUUGAUGGGUUAAUCGGUUCAGUUUUGACAAAUCGCUCAUAUACAGAAGAUAUAAACUCGGCAGGUAAUUCAACUCUCUUAUUAUACACUAAUAAACAAUAUUAAACAAUAGUUCAUGUAUAUAUUUUUCAAACUUUUCAAUUAUUAGUACAUGGUGGAUUUUCAUUCUAAUUUAGUCAUGUGUUGGUUUGGGUUAAUUAUACAUACUUUAAACUAAUUUUGAAAUUUUAUUUUUUCUUUAGUUUUUAAAAAAUAAUAAUAUGGAUUAUCGUCAUGUUUGGAACUUCGAGCAUGUUAAUUAGGAAAUAUAAACUAAUAAAAUACUUUUCACCAAAUGUCAGUUUAUUCUGAAUUUAUAUUUUGCAACAUAGUGAUUAGCUAGGUUAACUACCAUUUUCUUUAGUUCAUUUCAUAAUGGUUUGUAGAGCAAACCACCAGAGAAUGUAUUUUUCUCUUUUUCAUUAAUAGUGAUCAAAUUAGUCUAACCACUUUUAACACAUUAAAAUGUAACUAUUCAAAGUCAUGAUAUAUUUCUAAAUUUAAAAGUUUUGAUUUCAAUGGAUUAUUCAACAUGUUUCUUUAGCAAUAGUUUAUCAUUGAUUAUAUGUAUAAUAAAUAAUUUUAUGUAUUCUACCUUCCCAACUACUCACCUUCAACAGUGACCACGUUCGUCCCCAGUACCAGCUCUUUUUUUUUCUUUUGUAGUUUAUAAUUAUUAAUAUAAAGUGUAUUAAAUUUAUCGAAAAAUAAUAAUAAUUGUACUUUAUUUAUAUUUGUAUAAUUUUUAUAGAAAUAUGGGAAAUUAUGUCAAAUUGUGAUGAAUGUGAUGAAGAGAUUCCCAGCAAUGAGUCUGUAAUAGAUGGCCCUGACCAUUUGACAAAAGAUGAAUGAACGUAUUAUUAAAAUCUAAUAAUUUAAAAAAUAAAAUAUUUCAUCAUACACAUAUUAUAUAAUUUACAAAUGUAUAGAUUAAUCU